UCCCUUUAAACUCCUUUCAAGUAUUAAGGUUCAAACUAAUAUUUUCUCUUAGGAAAAAUGACAAAGUCAACUUAUGUUGAACUUGGUGAAGAAAAAACAUCCAACCAAAAGGGAAACAUGAAAAGAGGAGUGUCUAUACUUGAUUUUAUAUUAAGGUUGAUAGCAAUUGUAGCUACCUUAGCAAGUGCAAUUGCAAUGGGAACUACAGAUGAGUCACUUCCAUUCUUUACUCAGUUUGUUAGGUUUAGGGCCAAUUAUGAUGAUCUUCCAACAUUGAGGUUUUUUGUAGUUGCUAGUGCUAUUGUGAGUGGCUACCUGAUUCUUUCUCUGCCUCUAUCCAUCUUGCAUAUCAUAAGGAGCAGUGCUGGAAUGACUAGGGUUAUAUUCAUAAUCUUGGACACGGUAAUGCUAGGUUUAUUGACAGCUGGUUCUUCAGCUGCAGCUUCUAUUGUUUAUUUGGCACACAAAGGGAAUAGGAAAGCAAAUUGGUUUGCUUUUUGUCAGCAAUAUAACUCUUUCUGUGAGAGAAUUUCUGGUUCAUUGAUUGGAUCCUUCAUUGCAAUUCCUCUCUUCAUAAUGCUAAUCCUUUUGUCUGCUCUUGUUCUAUCAAGACGUUAAACCAUUCUAUACUCUUUGUACCAUCAAUGUAACUUCAUUUUAAUUUGUACUCAUUGAAGAAAAAUGUGUGAGUGUGAGUGUGUUAUGUUUAUCUCUAUGUUUGAUAUUCAAUGUUUGUAUCAUUGUAUUGAC